CGGAUCUUCCCCAGACUUCACUUCUUCCACUCCCAAUCCAUUCCUCCCCAUUACGCUCGGAUUAUUAUCCCCCCACCUUCAUCAUGAAAGGAAAGAUCUGUGUCGCCUUCAGCGGUGGUCUGGACACCAGCAUCAUCUUGAAAUGGCUCAUCGAUGAGGGCUAUGAGGUCGUUGCCUUCACUGCCGACGUUGGCCAGGAAGAGGACUUCGAUGCCAUCCGCGAAAAGGCCCUGAAGCUCGGUGCCGUCAAGGCCGAGGUUGUCGACCUCCGUCGGGAAUUCGUCGAGGAGCUCUGCUUCCCCGCCAUUGCCUGCAACGCCAUCUACGAGAACGUCUACCUGCUCGGCACCUCCCUGGCUCGUCCCGUCAUCGCUCGUGCCCAGAUUGAUGUUGCCAAGCGCGAGGGCUGCUUCGCCGUCUCUCACGGCUGCACCGGUAAGGGUAACGAUCAGGUCCGUUUCGAACUGGCCUUCUAUGCCCUGCAGCCCGACAUCAAGGUCAUCGCCCCCUGGCGCGAUCCCGUCUUCUACGAGCGCUUCGCCGGCCGUAACGAUCUGCUGUCCUACGCCGCCGAGAAGGACAUCCCCGUCACCUCCACCAAGGCCAAGCCCUGGAGCAUGGACGAGAACCUGGCCCACUGCUCCUACGAGGCCGGCAUCCUGGAGGACCCCAACGUCACCCCUCCCGAGGACAUGUGGAAGCUCACCCAGUCCCCCCUGACCGCCCCCGAUCAGCCCGAGGACUUCACCCUUCACUUCGAGAAGGGUUACCCCGUCAAGCUCGAGUACACCGAGGCCGGCAAGCCCAAGGUCGUCACCGACGCCGUCGAGCUCUUCCUGGCCGCCAACACCAUCGCCCGCCGCAACGGUGUCGGCCGUAUCGACAUUGUCGAGAACCGUUUCAUCGGUAUCAAGUCGCGUGGUUGCUACGAGACCCCUGGUCUGACCUGUCUGCGCGCUGCUCACGUUGACCUCGAGGGUCUGGUGAUGGACCGUGAGGUUCGUGCCCUGCGCGACCAGUUCGUGACCUACAACUACUCCAAGAUCCUCUACAACGGUCUGUACUUCUCGCCCGAGCGCGAGUUCCUCGAGGACUCGAUCAAGUCCUCGCAAAAGUCCGUCAACGGUGUGGUCCGCUGCCGCGCCUACAAGGGCAGCUUCGCCGUCCUGGGCCGCUACUCCGAGACCGAGAAGCUGUACGACAUGUCCGAGUCCAGCAUGGACGAGAUCGGUGACUUCGCCCCCACCGAGACCACCGGUUUCAUCGGUGUGUCUGCCAUCCGCCUGAAGAAGUACGGCCAGAUGAAGCAGGCUGCCGGUGAGAAGAUGUAAAUUAGUGAUCCGAUUGGUUUUU